AUGUCUUCGUCAACAACUUCGUCGGCUUUGUACGCAACAGUCUCAUCGUCUUCACGAGCCACUGGUGCUGUGCCCAAAGACACUGCCAAACUGCGCCAUCACAACAAAAACGGAAAGGGCUUUAUCAAUCCCUGGGAGUCAUACGUUGAUCGCACAGCCCCACAGAUCCUCUCCGCAUUGAUUUGGCGAAAACUCAAAGGCAAAUCUAAGACUCCCGACACGACACCACCCACCGUCACUGUACAGAAACCAGAGUUCCUGCCCACACGCGAGACCAAAACAUUACGAGCGACAUGGCUGGGGCACGCCUGUUACUACGUCGAGUUCCCUAGUGGCCUUAGAGUCCUCUUCGAUCCCGUUUUCGAGCCGCGAUGCAGUCCCUUCAGCUUCAUGGGUCCGAAACGAUACACGCCAUGUCCCGUUGAUGUCGCCGACAUUCCCAUCAUUGAUGCAGUCGUCAUCUCCCACAGUCACUACGACCAUUUAUCUUACCCUACCGUCAUGAAGAUCAAAGAGAAGCAUCCCAAUGUUCAUUUCUGGGCCCCAUUGGGAAACAAAGAGUGGUUCACUAAAUGUGGCAUUGAUAACAUGACCGAGCUGGAUUGGUGGGAGUCGCGAGACUUUACUCUGUCAGCAAAGAAGCAAGAUGCAGAAGCCACACACACCGAGACUGGCUCUACCGUGAACGCAGGAGGUGCUGAAGACAUCAAAGCUGUCAUUGGCUGCUUGCCCUGCCAGCACACAAGUGCUCGUACACCCUUCGACAAAUCACACACACUAUGGGGCUCGUGGAGUGUCGAGAGCGGCGGCAAGAAGAUCUGGUUUGGAGGAGAUACUGGCUAUCGCUCAGUCCCUGACCUCCCCGAAGAAGAGAACGACUAUGACGAGAAGUACACUUACCCGACAUGUCCUGCAUUCAAGGAGAUUGGAGAGCUUAGAGGUCCUUUCGACCUGGGCUUGAUCCCCAUUGGGGCAUACGAUCCUCGCUUCAUCAUGUCUCCCAUGCACGCCAAUCCUUUUGACAGCGUCAACAUCUUCAUUGAUACCCAAUGCAAAAAAGCGCUCGGCAUUCACUGGGGCACAUGGGUACUUACUGAAGAGGACGUUCUCGAGCCUCCGAGACUCCUCAAGCAGGCUAUGGCAUGGAAAGACUUGCCUGAGACUGGCGUCUUUGAUACUUGCGAUAUUGGCGAGAGCCGCGAGUAUUGA